UCCUGCGGGAUGAAAGAAGAGCCCCUGCUGGGUCAGGCCAGGGGUCGAGGCUGGAGCAGCUCCCCGUGUCCCUUUUCACUGCAGCUGGCUGAGGAUUUUACUGCCUAGAAGUGCGCAGGAAUGUUCACGUCUUCGUUUUCUGAGGGACAUAAUGUUUUGUUGCACGUCAGAUGCCAUUUCUGUCCCUCCUUGUUUGGCAGCUAUGCAGCGUGGCAGCAAGUGUUGGUAGGAGGAAGCUGAAGAAGAGGAGGGUAAGUAACUCAAACAGAUCGACAGGAGACCAAACAGCAGCGAGCCAGAGAAGAGGAGAAGCAGGAGACAUCACAGCUUCAAUAACAAAGACAGUAAUCACAAGACCUCCAGAGUCUGGAGCAGAGGGAGCAGAUUGGGGUCACAGUGCCCAGUGUGAACAGCAGCACUAUGGGCAGGAAGGACAACAAUUGUGGUUCUUGGAGAGACGGUGAUGACCCCAAAACAGACGUCCACGCUGACAGAAAGACGGGAAACUUCAGCCAGUGCACACUCUGCACCUCGACAGAAAUUGGUAACUCGCCUGACGACAACUUGCUACAGCUCGAAUCUGCUUUUCUUGGUGACAAAGCUGUCAACGCUGAUGAUGAUGGAGUAAAGAAGAGUCACAAGGGGAAGAGCUGUGAGGACGAUGAAGAGGGCCACCUGGUCUAUCACAUCGGCCUCGUGAUGAAAGAAAGAUAUGAGGUGGUAUUUACACUGGGAACAGGAGCUUUUGGAAAAGUGGUGGAGUGUAUUGAUAGAGACAAAGAGGAGCAUGUAGCCGUGAAGAUUGUGAGGAACAUUGAGUGUUUCCGUAAAGUGGCGAGGUCUGAGAUCGCAGUGCUGGAGGAGAUCAACAGCCUGGAUGAUGAGAACAGAUUUGCCUGUGUGAGGAUGCUGGACUGGUUCGAGCAUGAAGGUCACAUCUGCAUCGUGUUCGAGCUGCUCGGCCUCAGCACCUUCGAGUUCCUCCGACAGAACGAGUUCCUGCCGUUCAGCGUGGAGCAGAUCAGACACAUGGCCUUCCAGAUCUUCAGAGCCAUCUGCUUCCUGCAUCGCAACAAGCUGACCCACACUGACCUGAAGCCAGAGAACAUCCUGUUUGUCUGCUCUGACUGCGACCUGGAGUUAAAUGAUAAGACAAAGUGUGAGGAGAGGAAACUGAGGAGUCUGGAUGUGAAGGUGGUGGAUUUUGGCACCGCCAAAUUUGACCACGAACACCAUGAAUCCCUGGUGUCCACACGUCACUAUCGAGCUCCAGAGAUCAUACUGGAUCUGGGCUGGAAUCAGUCGUGUGACGUUUGGAGUCUGGGCUGCGUUCUCAUGGAGUUUUACCUGGGACGUACACUCUUCAUGACCCACGACAGUAAAGAACAUCUGGCAAUGAUGGAGAAAGUCCUGGGACCGAUCCCCCCCCAUCUGCUGAAACAGACCAGAAAGCAGCAUUACGUGCGCAACAAGCGUCUGAACUGGGACGAGCAGAGCUCCGCUGAUGAUUACAUCAGGAAACACUGUAAACCACUCAAGCAGUACAUUCAGAGGAAGAGCGAGGAAGAGAUGCAGCUGUUCGACCUGCUCAGCUGCAUGUUGGAGUACGACGUGUGCAGACGGAUCACCCUGGAGGAGGCGCUGUGGCACCCAUUCUUUAGCCCACUGAGGAUGCAGAAGCAGCAGCGCAGCUAGCACACACACACACACACACACACACACAUUCAACAUCUACCUUGGGCUGUAAUUUAAGCGUUGCAAUUACUAAACUGUAUGGGUUUGUAGUUCUGAGUUGAUGAGUUAGAUGAUUUUCAGUCAUAACAAGAGAGCAUUCCUGUAUAUUUGAAAUCCCGUCAUGAUCCAACAGUCCGCCUGUCAUUGUAAAAAGUCAAGUGUAAUGCGUCGCAAUUCCAUGUUUUCCUUCACUGAUUCUUUGUCGUUUUUGUAGUGUAUUGUAACAGUGUGUUAACACAUAUUUUGCAUUUUGGUGUGCCUUAAUUCUGUUUUAUACAAUGAAUUUCUACUGCUAUUAACGUCUGCUUACACACCAUCAGAGGUGGGUUAGUGAGUUAGUGAGUAGCCGAACUUGUAAACUAAAUGCCUUGAAAAUUGUACAUUAAAUUUGUCCAUCAUCUCUA